UCACAGAAACUCAUUGCUGAUUUAAUCAAACGAUUGCAAAGCUAAGAAGACAAAGUCGAGUAAUUUUCUAAAUGUUUAAUGCGGACAAUUCAAUUCAAGGAAAAAAUACAAGUUGGCGCGGAUGUUCCAUGGAGGCCGUCUAUGGACAUUGUAAACCAUUCGAUGCAGAGCAUAUGCCUCCUGUCAUCCCCAGUAAGGAACAUACAGUUUUAUAUGAAUUGCCCAUAAACAACAAGGAUACAACCAGACCUCCUAAGCCCUGGAAAAGAGAUUCUAACUGCCAAGGAAUACCAUGUGUUCGAUUGCCUCAUUCCGAAGCACAUCAUUGGCAGAAAGUUUCAAAAGCUUUGCAAGAACCCAUAAGGAAUUCUUACGAAUUAGAAGCUAGGAUUUUAUCCUACCAAUCUAAUGUUGAAGACAAAAGGAAUUUUCAGGCUUUGCAUAAACUUUUUGAAGAACAGCAGCAGAAGGAGGCUUUUCUGGAAAACUUCUACAAUCAAUUAUUACCUCACAUAAUAAGCUUGGCUUUAAGACUGCCCGAACUAUUGCAGGCUCCCAUACCUCUGCUGAAGCAGUCAAUGUGUCAUACUCUUAGCUUAAGCCAAGAACAGAUUUCUUGUUUGUUGGCAAAUGCCUUUCUUUGCACCUAUCCUGCUCGCAGCAAGUUUGAAGAUGCCACAGAGGAGUUUCAAGCGCUACCCGAUAUCAAUUUCAUUCGAUUGUUUCGUUCCAGAGGUGCCUGUGUAGAGGAGAAAUUAAAAUGUAUUUUACAUUAUUUUUGUAGAGUAUGUCCUAGUCUAAAUGAUGUAGCCUUUAAACCUCCUCGAGGCUGUGUGACCUUUGAACGACGUUUUAAGCCUAAUACAGAGUUACCAGAUUGGUCGCAAUGUAGCCUACCUCUGGCAAAAACCCUUGUGCACAUAGAUUCCCAAGGUACCAUUGAAGAUCAGGGCUUGGGUUUGCUGCAGCUUGAUUUUGCCAAUAAAUCGGUGGGAGGAGGAGUUCUGGGAUCUGGCUGUGUUCAGGAGGAAAUUCGUUUUGCCAUUUGUCCCGAAUUAAUAGCAGCCACAUUGUUUACAGAAUUUCUUCAACCUACAGAGGUGCUACUAAUACUAGGCUGUGAACGCUAUAGUAACUAUAGGGGUUACAAUACCACCUUCCAAUGGCAGGGUAAUCAUGAGGACACAACUCCUUGUGGUGGCUCACUUCGACGCAAAACCUUUAUAGUGGCCAUGGAUGCCUUGGCCCUGCAUCAAUUGACUUUUGCCCAACAAUUUCGUGAGGAUUUAAUGCAAAGAGAAUUGAACAAAGCCUAUGUGGGAUUUUGGCAUCCUUUGCAUGGUAUAACCCAUCCGGGAGUGGCCACCGGCAAUUGGGGCUGUGGUGCUUUUGGUGGUGAUGCCCGUCUAAAAUUCCUAUUACAACUUAUGGCAUGUACGGUGACACAACAAAGCUCCAUGGUUUAUUUUACCAUGGGUAAUGAAGAGUUGAGAGAUGAGCUCUUUGAGAUGUUUAACUGCUUGAAGGAGCAUGAUGUCGCAGUGAAGGAUUUGUGGCUGAUAUUGAAGAAAAUUGAAGGAACUAAAAUAAAGGAAAAAGAAGAAUUGUAUCCUUUUUUGUAUCAAAAAAUUAAAAAAUUAAAGGCAAAACAAACAAGACAUUGCUUCCCUUCCUGAUCCCAAGCAACUGAACCAUACAAAAAUCCCAUUUUAAAAACCAGAAAGAAUGAUAAGGACAAACCCUUUCCGCAGAUUUCUAUUCGCAUUUAAACAAAAUCAGACAUAAUGGCUCAAGUCUCUAAAUAAAAUAAAGAAAAGUUUUAAACACCU